UGUCCUCCUGGUGAACAACAUAUCCAGACAGACCUCCAGCCUGAAAUCUGAAACUGCAGAAGUAGUGUGGCUCACGGAGCAUUUGCAACUCUCGGCUGUGCGCCCUCUCAGUUCACUUUUAUUCAGACUGGUUUCACACAUCCUCCAUCAGAGGAAACUCUCACAGAGACACUUCUUCUGCCGCAAUCCUGAGGUGAAACAUGCUGCCGACGGGCCUUCAGCUGACCGGUCUGUGCGUGGUGCUCUGCAUCAGCUGCAGCUUUGCCACACCUCAAUCGCUCUACAGUAUUCUAGAAGGAAGUGCAGAUGAGGAAGAUCUCAGCAUCCUAACUUCCUCUCUUCCCACCAGCAACCUCUCCUCUGAGCACCAAACCACAGCUGUUGGCCCCACCCAUGUGGAAAUGGACUUUCUGAAUCGAGUUGUGGACUUCCUGGAGAAGAACACACUUCUUAUCCUGGUCGCAGGCUCUUUCAUCCUUCUCGUCUUCCUUCUUAUCUGUGGAGCAAUCAUCAUGAGCCGCAGGCACAAAGUCAAUGCCUACUACCCUUCCUCUUUCCCCUCAAAAAUGUACGUGGACCACAGGGACAAAACCGGAGGUGCUAAACUUUUUAAUGAAGUGCCGGAGAAACCCGCUCCUGAGCAGGAGAGUGAGCCAGUGGACUCUCACAAGCAGCUGCAGGCCGACAUUAUGAGGGCUGCCAAGAGGCUGCGCACACCAAAUAAAUGUGUCGAUGCUGCAGAGGGAAGGGAUCCCAGUCAGAAAGUAGCAGACCGCAGGCCUGAGGUCAGCGGUCAUCCAGACGGCAGCAUCCUGGACCAGCAGCUUCCAAGUCUCCCUCAGGUAAAGGAUCCGUGUGGACUUUCCGACAGUGAAGCAGCUGCAGCAGGAAGCCUCGAGCCGAAACCUCCAGAGCCAGAUGAUUCACAGGGACCUUUACCUGGCAGGAGUCUGCGGCCCCCCUCUCUGCAUAUCCACAAUGACUCUGCUACACUUCAGCUCAUCGCAGGAGAGAAAACUGCCUUCUAACUAUUCUGAUCACCGACCUGAAUGUACUGUUUUUUAAGGCUUUUAAUCCAUGAGUAGCAAUUUGUCCAGCAAAACAUUUUCAAAGAUGUAUUGAGGUUUGUUAAAUUCAAAUCCUGAGUGCUAUUUCUGUUGCAAUACUGUGUUUAUAUUCAGUGGAGGGAAAUGCAUGCAGCAACCUGUUGCUUCCUAGCUACUGGAUACGUCUUUCCUACCAUAUUAUAAACAUGUCUCGAGUAACCUCAUUAACAUCUGGUUGAAAACACAGUUCUUAUUAUGGGAUGUUUUUCGUGUUCAGUGUGCAUUGAAUUUCCUCAGCGUUCCUGCAUAGAGGUCCCUCCAGUAAACAUCAUGCCUGCAAACUCAUGAGUGAAAAAGGUGACGGGGGGGAGAGAGAGAGUGUGCUGGUGACUUUUUUUUGUCGCCACACGUUGUAUGAACUACGGUCAUUUGAUUGUUGUGACCACAAAUCAAUGGGUCCACCAUUCUCACUAAGUCAGUGAUCGGGCACUAUAAUAAUAGUAAUAAAUAUAAAUUGUCAUUAUAUAUAAUAUGGUCAUUCAUGAACCAACUUUUUGGCCUGAACAAGUCUUCAAGUCUUGUGUGCUCUGCUGAGCCUUGAGUCUGUUCUGCCUCUACCUGGUUGUCACGAUCUUUGAUACAAUACCUGCCAUAAAUAUCAUGAUACUACCACAAUACCAGAAUUCAAUACAAUACCAUAAAUACGUAUGAUACCGUAAAUACGAUACUGGUAUAUUUAUCUAUAAUAGUAAUAAUCCAAACUUCUAUUUGGUUCCUUUUUUACCAACACUUGAUAGCCAUGAUAGCAUUGAUUAUACACGGCUAUGUGGCUUUUUGUCAGAAUCUGACCAGAUGAUACAGAGUUCCUUCAGUGUGAGCAAUUAUAGAGUUACAUAACUUUACAGAUGUGGCUUUGAUGUGGCUUUGAAACACACACACACACAUAUAUGUACAUAUAUAUACAUAUAUAUAUAUGUAUGUAUAUACACUACCGUUCAAAAGUUUGGGAUCACUUAGAAAUGUCCUUAUUUUUCAAAGAAAAGCAUUGUUUUUUUCAAUUAAGAUAACAUUAAAUCAAUCAGAAAUACACUCUA